AUGUCACCUCAGCAAGACAGUCCGAUCUCAAAGGGACCCAAGGAUUUGCCAAAAAAUGGAGUUCCUAAGCCUAAAGGAAAUACUCCAAAUACAAAUCGAACCUCCAAUCGCAAUAGACGUCGGAAUGGCAAGAAGAACAAAAGCAUUCAAUCCAAUGAUAAAGAACGACCGCUAUUCCUGGAGAUUCAGAAACUUGUACGCAACAGGAUGCCUAUUACAGUGAACGGUAAUGUUGUUGAGGACUUAACUAUGACCCUUGAUGAGCACAUAAAAUCAUUAUUGGACGAUAAAUCAAACACCGAAAAUGUGUACCUCUCGUUUGUGAUUCAUCCCUCUGAUCCUGAUUUUCCCUAUGAUUUGGAUUUCUUGAACAUAACCUUGUCGAUACCUCAAUCAUAUCCACAUGGGGCACCUUUCCCUACAAUCGUGGUACUUAACGACGAUAUUCCUAAGGGCUUCAGCGCCAAUAUUGAAAUUGGAUUCAAGCAAAUUGUAGCCACGGCAUUGCAUAAUAGAAAUAAUAGACGCAAAAAUAGGGGGAAAAAGGAAUUCUCAGAACAGAAUACUGACGAUGACGAUGUUGGAAUUCAGAUUGUUGGUGGUAAUGACCUCUGUGGAAUGUUACAGACCCUUGAUAAGUAUCUUGAAAGAUUCCUUUCGAUGGAAAAGAAAGAAACAGUUAAGAUCGUGAAGGUGAUCAAGAGAUAUGAUCAAGAGGUACUGGAAAAGGAAGGUAAAAAGGCAAAACAGAAACAGAUACAACGAAACCAGGAACAAAAUAAAAAAAAGACAGAUGAUCCCGCUACUAUCAUAGAUAGUGCCAUUCUGGAAAAGAGAAAUGAAGAGAUAGAAAUAUUUAAACAGAGACUGAGUCAUAAUCAUCUACGUGUUUUCAAGGACUCUCCUCAAAACACCACAUUUAAGCUCGAACUAAAAUUCCAAGAGGGGAGCUUUACCAUCGAGGUCGAAGAUUCUACAGAGAUUGUUCUUAAAAAGUUGCCGAUUAGACUCACUGUGCCCAAGGAAUAUCUUAGUAAUCCCAAGAGACCUUUGAAAAUGGAGUUGGAUAUGUCGAACGAUUAUAAUAUGAAAAUGGUCAAGUCGUUGGAAGAUCAAAAUUUGAGACUUAUAUUUGGAAAGUUGAUCAGCAACAUGAGCUCUAAUUUCAACUACAUGGCAGAAAAUGUUGCUAAAGAAUGCUGUGAUAUAAUCAACGGCUCCGAUAGUGAAUUACCAAAGUGUUACUGGACAAUUACAAGUCAGUUGAACUACUUUAUAGAAAACAUUCAGAAAUUCAUGAACUUGAAAAACAACUUUAUCAAAUGGUUUGAAGAAAAUCAAACAUUGAAUUUGGAGUUGGGUAAAUCGUCUACGUUGUUGGAUUGA